UGUUUAUUCUAUGCAAACGCAACUAUGACGUCCUUCUUUACAGUGUUUUCCUGUAGGGGCGGAUAUGAGAGAUGCACUGGACUUUUAUUUCCAGUUGUGCGCCAUAGAGGUCACGUGCGAGUCUGGCAGUGUAAUGGCCGCCACACUGGCUAACGGAGGCAUCUGUCCAAUCACAGGAGAGAGAGUUCUGAGCACAGAAGCCGUACGAAACACGCUGAGUCUCAUGCACUCCUGCGGGAUGUACGACUACUCGGGACAGUUCGCUUUCCAUGUUGGAUUACCUGCUAAAUCUGGUGUGUCUGGUGCUGUUCUUCUGGUGGUGCCGAACGUGAUGGGUGUCAUGUGUUGGUCGCCCCCCGUGGACAAAGUUGGGAACAGUGUCCGUGGAAUUCGCUUCUGUCAGGAACUGGUGUCUUUGUUCAACUUCCACAAUUAUGACAAUCUGAGGCACUUUCUGAAGAAGCAGGACCCUCGCAGACAGUCUGGUGACGACAGGAAUAAAUCGGUGGUGAAUCUGAUGUUUGCAGCCCACAGUGGAGAUGUCUCAGCUCUGAGAAGGUUUGCCCUUUCAUCUAUGGAUAUGGAGCUGAAGGACUAUGACUCUCGUACACCACUUCACAUAGCUGCUGCAGAGGGUCACAUGGAUGUUGUGCUAUUUCUGACACAGUCCUGCAAAGUAAACCCUUUUGUGAAAGACCGGUGGGGGAAUAUUCCUCGGGAUGAUGCCAUGCAGUUCGGCCAUGAGGAUGUGGUGAAGCUCUUGGAAGAAUAUGAGCUAAACUACAGUCUGCAAACAUCUCAGACUGACACAGAAGACCAAUGUCAUCAAUCCAAAUGUUCAUCUCUGGAGGGAUGAGUGUAAUCUGCUGUGAAUUUAACCAAAUUUAAGGACUAUAGAUCAUGUCAUCAGAUAUUGUGAAAAUAAGGGCACUUAUAUGGAAAUGUCUCUGGACAGAGAUAAAAAGCUAAUU